AUGGCAUGUCACUAUCGAUUAACUGCUUAUAUUGAAGUACUUGAUCAAAAUGCAAAUGAAUAUAACAAGUAUGUAAUAUUUUUAGCUUGUAUUGAGCUAAAAGAUCACUCUUAUGCUCUUGAAAAACAAUUUACAAAUACCAAAAAGCGUUGUAAAGAUCAUUUUAAAAAAUAUGACUUUUUCAAGCAAAAAUAUGGAAGAGAUGAAGCACAAGCGAUUUUAGAUGAUACAGAUAGUGAAAUAACAAUACAAAAAUGUCAAAGAAAGAGAGUUCAUAGACAAGAUG